AUGCCGACCGUGACCCGUCAAUCCCGCAUUGUCGGCGCGCUGCUCGGCCUCCACGCCGGCGACUCGCUCGGCGCCACCGUCGAGUUCAAGAGCCACGGCUUCAUCAAGGCCACCUACCCGCCCGGCCGCGACGGCGACGACCGCCUCCGCGACAUUACCGGCGGCGGCGUCUUCCAGUGGCCCGCGGGCCACGCCACCGACGACACGGACAUGACGCGCGGCGUGCUCCUCGCGUACCUCGACUGCCUCGCCGGCGAGCAUCACCAGGAGGACGACGUGGCGACGCGCGCGGGCCGGUACUUUCUCAAGUGGCGCGGCGGCGACUGGCCCGGCCGCAAGCCCGGCACGCGGCCCGUCGACAUGGGCGCCGCGACCGAGGACGGCCUCGCGCGCUUCGCCAAGACGCUCGACCCGGACAGGGCGGGCGCCGGACCCGGGCGCGCCGGCAACGGCAGCCUGAUGCGGUGCCUCCCGACGGGCCUCUUCCGCGCGGGGGACGCGGAGCGGCUCGUGGCGGAGAGCGUGCGCAUCAGCAGGAUCACGCACGACGACGCGCUGUGCACCGUCUCCUGCGCCGUGUACAACGCCAUCGUCGCCGAGCUGGUCCUCGGCAGCCCUCCCACGGCCGCCGUCGACGCGGGGAUCCAUCUGUGCCGGGAGCUCGAGCGGCCGCAGCCGCAAAAGGACCACGGCAAGAAGGCAUCCGUGCUGGGCGCGCUGAAGCUCGGCACGCAGCUGCGCCUGCGGGGGCUGGCGCAGUUUGGCCCGCCGCCGGCCGCGAUGCCGGGCGACUGCGGCGGCUACGUGCUCGAGUCGCUGUCGGUGGCCGUGGCGGCGCUGCUGGACCCGCGCUGCCUCGAGGACGUGCUGGUCGACGUGGUGAGGAUUGGAAAGGACACGGACACGAACGCGGCGAUUGCGGGCGGGCUGCUCGGCGCGCGGGACGGCGAGGACGCGAUCCCCCGGCGGUGGGAGGACAAGCUGCAGUUUGGGGGCGAGUUUCGGACGAUUGCGACGAGCAUCCUCCGGAGCCAAAGCAAAAAGUGA